CAUUCCCACCCUCAUUGUCUAUCCCACACGAAACUCUCUCUCUCUCACGAACACACAGCUUUUCUACUUUGCUCUGGUUUUGAGUGCUACUGAAGCAUACCCAUUUACUCCCAAAACUUGUUCUGCCAAUUGGUUUUUGUUUAACUCUUGAUAAGUGUGUCAAUAACUCAGUCCAUAGUUAAAGUACUGACAAAAACAGUUGGAGAACCACACACCCACCACACUCUCUCUUCUUUUUAAGGCUUUCACAGAUACAAGUACAUAGAGAGUUCCAAUACCCAUUCUCAAUUAAAACAAACUAACUAGCAAGAGACCCUUUUUUAUCACCUUUAUCCAACACACCAAACCUGAAAAUCUCUUUCAAAAUCACAAAAUGGUUGAGAACACUGCCACAAAAAACAACAACCAUCUCAACCAUUUCUCUCUUCCCAUCGACGUGGCCAGCUCCAAAUGUUACGACGACGAUGGCCGUCUCAAACGAACCGGGACUGUUUGGACCGCAAGUGCUCACAUAAUAACAGCAGUGAUUGGGUCAGGAGUGUUGUCCUUGGCUUGGGCCACUGCUCAGCUGGGUUGGAUUGCUGGUCCAACUGUGAUGUUCUUGUUCUCCUUUGUCACUUACUACACUUCUACUCUCCUCGCUGCAUGUUACCGCUCUGGCGACCCUAACACCGGCAAGCGAAACUAUACUUACAUGGACGCUGUUAGCUCCAAUCUGGGUGGUGUGAAGUUCAUGAUAUGUGGGCUGAUUCAGUACCUGAACCUUUUUGGGGUGGCCAUUGGGUACACUAUUGCAUCUUCCAUAAGCAUGAUGGCAAUCAAAAGGUCUAACUGUUUCCAUGCAAGUGGAGGGAAAAAUCCUUGCAAAAUAUCAAGCACUCCCUAUAUGAUCAUGUUUGGUGUUGCGGAAAUCAUUUUCUCUCAAAUUAAAGACUUUGAUCAGAUAUGGUGGCUUUCGAUUGUUGCCGCUAUCAUGUCCUUUACUUACUCUUCAAUCGGUCUCGCCCUCGGAAUUUCCAAAGUUGCAGAAACUGGGAAAUUCAGGGGAAGUCUCACCGGGAUAAGCAUUGGCACGGUGACUGAGACUCAGAAAAUAUGGAGGAGCUUCCAAGCACUAGGAGACAUAGCUUUUGCCUAUUCUUACUCUAUCAUCCUUAUUGAAAUUCAGGACACAGUGAGGUCUCCCCCAUCAGAAUCAAAAACAAUGAAAAAGGCCUCUCUGAUAAGUGUUUCAGUGACAACCAUUUUCUACAUGCUCUGUGGCUGCUUUGGCUAUGCUGCUUUUGGGGACUUGGCCCCCGGUAACCUCCUCACUGGCUUCGGUUUCUACAAUCCCUACUGGCUCCUCGACAUCGCCAAUGUGGCCAUCGUCAUCCACCUUGUGGGUGCAUACCAAGUCUAUUGCCAACCCAUUUUCGCCUUUGUCGAAAAAAACGCAAUAGAAUGGUUCCCAGAAAGUAAAUUCAUCACCAAGGAAAUCAUGGUCCCAAUUCCGGGCCUCAAGACUUUCCGGCUCAACCUCUUUCGGUUGGUGUGGAGGACGGUUUUCGUGAUCACAACAACCGUGAUUUCGAUGCUCAUGCCGUUUUUCAAUGAUGUGGUUGGGAUUCUUGGAGCUUUUGGAUUUUGGCCUUUAACGGUUUAUUUCCCGGUGGAGAUGUACAUUGUGCAGAAAAAAAUACCCAAAUGGAGUACUAGAUGGCUUUGCUUGCAAAUUUUAAGUGGUGCUUGCCUCGUAAUUUCUAUUGCAGCCGCUGCCGGAUCGUUUGCCGGGGUUGCUCUUGAUCUUAAGGCAUAUAAGCCAUUUAAGACUAGUUAUUAGAUGUAGGGUAAUUUUAGCCAUAGUACAAAGAUUUGUGGAACAAGCCUAAAAUGUUCACGACAAGCCUAAAAAAGGGUAUGUCAAUGGUGUUACUUCGAACUUUUUAUGUUGGUUUUUACUAUGUAUUCGAGAAGGGAAAAAAAAAAUAUUAAAAAAAUAAAGGUAUUUCAUGUAUGGAUUUAUGUAAAAUUCAAAUAUUGAAGAGUAACUGGAAUUGUUGUCUCAGA